AUGUCUAAUUCGACCCCAAACACGCGUGGUCGUCGGUCGCCUUUUACCCCAGCCGGAGAGACCAAAUUGACCGGGCUUCAACGCCUUCCCAGCCAUACACGCUACCCACUUACGCCCAGUCGGCUUGUCACCGCAACCACCCCGGGCACCCAGCGGUCGGCUUCUCGAUACACACCUCGUGCCAGGGGUGCGGGGGCACCAUCAACUCCGCAUGGGCUGCGCGCCCGUCAACAGCGUGCUGCGAAUACCCCUGGCCGAGAUCGCAGACGUAGUGGCCGUGCGCAACGGGAGACGACCUUUGAUAUCUUGAGAAAUCUUGGCAGAGCGCUUGCGCCUGUAUCUCAGCCUAUUCAGUCUUCGCCUCAGGAGCAGCCAGAGCCCGAAGAGGAGCCUGUCGAUGAGUUCGAACAACUUGAUAAUGAACCAGUCAUUGAACCCCCACGAUUAUCUCUUCCUAUCCAACCGUCCUCUGAAGAAGGCGACGAGGCAAGUCCUGAAAUGCGCCCACCAAGGAUGUCAUUGGCGCUUGGGGAGGAGGACAUGGACAUGACAUAUCAAUCUGUCGAAUACCCUCGCCGAGAGACAAGCAUCAGAGAUCGAGAGCGUCUGUCAAUGAUGAGUCGGGCUACCGGCAGAAUCAGUGGUGAUUUUGAGGAGACACGAUUGGAAAGUGAUGAUGCUGAAGAAACGGGCAUUAUGGGUGGUGCCGAAGAAGACACCAUGAUGAGUGGUGGAGACUUUGAUCGGGGGGGAGAGACCGAAGAUCUCGGCCGGUUUCACUUUGACCUUAACUUCCCAUCUCCUGUCGCAGCUCCGAUUGAUGAUCCAAUUGACGGAGGUGACGAUAUGGAAGACUUUGCGCUGUCUACCGCAGAUAUUCAGCCUGCGCCAGUUGAAUCAGAUGAUGACGCUGGUGGUGAUUUCGGAUUUGGAAUCGAGUUCCCGCCGGCGGCAUCUCUCAGCAUGAGCCCUGGAAUUGUGGGAGGAGGCCUGCGAGACCAGGAAGCCCCAGUGCAGAGCAAGCAAAAGCAGAUCUCACGCCACGGGAUUCCUAUCCCAAACUUGCCUGCGGGCAUUGUCAAAAAGCUAGCCGCACGCUUCGCUCGUCCAAAAGCCGGUUCCAAAGCCAAGAUCAACAAGGCUACACUGAGCGCGAUCGAGCAAGCAUCAUCGUGGUACUUUGAGCAGGCGAGCCAGGACUUGGCUGCUUAUUCAAAGCACGCAGGACGCAAGACCAUUGACGAGAGCGACGUGAUCACAUUGUUGAAACGACAACGUCAAAUCAACAAAUCGACGACAGUGUUUUCCCUCGCCCAAAAACAUCUACCCAAGGAGCUCCAGCAGGACAUGAGACUGGCCAUGCCACCAUGA